AGAUCGACACGCUGUUAACGUGCAACGGGACAGAAAUCAGAGUACGUUUGUGUCGAGAAUCCCUUCUUUUGCGCAAGGAACGACUGUAUUGGUCAUUCAAUGUAACGUGCUAAUCCUGCACGGGCUUCACAACAAACUGGAGGAUACAUGCAGAGUGUUUUUGUUAUCUUCAGCUUGAUUUGAUCAGUGUGGCGGAGAAGGCUUCCUGUGCAUACUCUGUGGAUGUGUGAGGCAACUGUGUUGCAGCAGUCCUGCUGUAGGAGAAUAAAGCCUAAACAUGGUGAGACUGGACCUGGAUCAGGUGGUGAUGAGGAGGAUGAAAGAGGACGACAUAGAGCUGGUCAAAGCCCUCAUCAAGGAGGGCUGUGAAGGCACAGAAAACCGUCUCAUCCUCCACAUCCUCACUCGUCCGCUCUGCCUUUUCAUCCUUGCUGUUUUCUCCUCAAUCCUCCGCUGCCUUGUUCAUUCCUUCAUCCUGGCCCUUGCUAUUCCGGUCUUCUUGCUAAUUAUUUUUCUCAAGAUCACCAUGCCGCGGUCCACAGGGGUUCUGGGCAGCAGCCUCCCCUACUGGGACUAUGUGGGCAGCAGCUACAGAGGGACGCAGGAUGACACCUUGCACAAUCCAUACUGCAGGAUCAGUGGCAAGACGCCGCUGAAUAAAAAGCCAAGGCGCAGAAUCACACCCAAAGACAAAGAUGUGUCAACAGAGAAUGUCAGCCCAGAGAGGGAGCAGGAAGCAGGGCACGUCUGGGUGGCGGAGAGCGACGGUGACAUCCUCGGCUGCAUCUUCAGGGAAACCGAGAAGCGCCCGGGCAUCAGGAGGAUCUGCAGGCUAGUGACGGGCUGCUGGUACCGCAGGGAGGGUCUGGGCCGGCUGCUGGUCCAGAGUCUGGAGCAGAGAGAGAGGGAGGGUGGCGCACACAGAGUGUACGCACACGUCCCUUUCCCCUCCAAGCUGGGGGAGGCCUUCUUCAAGAAGCUGGGCUAUCGGCUGGUAGGGGAGGGGACUGAUGAAGAAGAAGAUGAUGAGGAGGAGAUGAAGCUGGAGACUCCAGAGAGAGGCUUUCUGGGAUACCCUCUCACUAAAGUGUUUUACAAAGACCUUUGAGUGAGCUGUGACGGACUCAUAGAGAGAACAAAGUUGCUUUGGAAUGGCUAAAGGUAAAGAAGCCAUAACAUAAAUGCAAACUAUGUAUCUCUGCUGAAGGUGCAAGUGUCACUGCUGCAACAUGUUUGGAUAUUUAAGUUUAUAAUUUAUUGAACACUUGUGUUAUUAAUGCCUGUAUUUAUUUUCUCUAUGUGUUGCUGUUUUCUUUAAGUACUUUUAGCUUUUCACCAUAUAAGGUACCAUCUCUUCAUGCUCACAAAACAAAGUGGUUGUUUGUUAUUUUAUAAUUGAAUAAUAACAAUCAAGGCACAGUCAUGCUUUUUUCUCAUCAUUUGUAAUAAAAUAAAAAUAUUUAUGCAUAAAGUGUGUUUCCUAAA